GGAUAGUUUGAUGCCCUUUUCUCUCGUCUCUUGUGGUUCCAACGCGCACGGACAACUAGCAAAUGGGACAUUGGACGACGCACACACGUUCCAGUUUUGUAUAUUCGAAGAUGAGAACGCAAAGAAUUACAGCACAUCCGAGAGAAUCAUCCAUAUCGCAACUAGCGGGAAUCAUGUAUUGUUGUUGAGCGAGUUUACCGAGGAAUCAACUGGCUGGACGAACAGAUCUCUUUGGGGCUGUGGUGAUGGUCAAUCUGGACAGCUAGGGAAUCUUGGAAGGAACGAAGAUGAAACAGUAUUUCGGCGGGUAGACCUCCAGCUUGCAGAGCAUGGUCUAGAAAAUUAUCAACCAAGGUUAAUAUGUUGUUCUUGGGAAACAUCUUAUGUCGUAUUGUCCUGCGAAGGAAAGCCAGAUGUGCUGAUCUCUAUGGGUAGCAAUGACUUUGGGGAUCUGGGUGUCGGGGAGAGCUUGUCUGUGCGUGCUAAACUAUUCCAUACCGUCCUAUUUGAUCAUCUCCCAAUCGAUGAACUGGCUAUGGAUGGCGCCUCUUUACGAGUAAUCUCCGUCUCCGCAGGUCAACACCACGUCAUUGCCCAGAUAAAAAUCCAGGUCAGCGACCACUAUGGUCGAAAUCUCAUCGUUGGCUGGGGCGCAGCGCGCCAUGGCCAGUUAGGCGAUACGUCCAUGCUCAACAAGAAAACUCCCUUCUUCUCUCUUCCCAAGAUCAUCGAAGUACCUGAUCACCCUGACGACCCAGUAAUCCAAAUAUCACUUGGACAUCGACACAGCGUUUUUCUCCACGAAUCUCGUCGCCUUUCUUGUUUAGGCUCCAACAUGAAGUCACAGAUAACUGAUCUCGAUACGUUUCGCAACGUUUCAUUUGUUGAAUGCACCUGGAAUGGGACGUACUUCAUUGAUACAUCCGGAUUCUUAUAUGCCACCGGAAGCCAUUCCAAAGGACAACUUGGUCGUUCAUUGUCGCUGGAGCCAUCAACUUCCGUUCAACCUCAACCUGUCGAAUUUUCUUUCGCCACCACGCUUUCGAAGCAUAUAUCAAGGAUCGCGUGUGGUAGCGAGCACGUACUUGCUCUAAGUAUUAGAGCAGACUCAGACCUUCGGCCAGAAGUUUGGGGAUGGGGGUGGAACGAGCACGGAAAUAUGGGUUCAUGUUCGACGAAGGACGUUCAUACACCUUUGAAGCUUUGGCCGCGGGAAGACGAUCAUGAAAGAGCAAUCGCAGUUGGAAUUUGGGCAGGAUGUGGAACGAGUUGGAUUGCGGUGGAGAAGUGAAGAUUGAAAAAUUAUACAGUAUUAUUACAACGAUAUACAUACAUACAAGAGAGGUGCGCGCUCUCCAAGUUCCUACUUAAUCGCCAAUCGGAAGAUCCAGGU